UCACAUAUAAGAGGACAUGAGGACUCUUUUCUCACUCAGCCUUUGACUGCAGACAUGGCUUCCUGCGUCUGUGUUGUCCGUUCGGAGCAAUGGCCAUUAAUGACCUUUGAUAUCACCAAGAAUGACAAAGUGAAGAAAAUAAAUGAACAUAUUAGGUCCCAAACCAAGGUCUCUGUGCAGGAUCAGACCCUUCUGCUAGACUCCAAGAUCCUCAAGCCCCAUAGAAAAUUGUCAUCUUAUGGAAUUGACAAGGAAACCACCAUCCACCUCACCCUAAAGGUGGUGAAGCCCAGCGAUGAAGAGCUGCCCUUGUAUGUGGUGGAGUCAAGAAACGAGGGGCAAAGGCACCUCCUCCAAAUUCGAAGAUCCAGCCCGGUGGCCCAGGUGAAAGAGAUGAUCGAGAGUGUGACCGCCGUAACUCCCAAGAAGCAGAUUGUGACUUGCAACGGAAAGAAGCUGGAAGAUGGAAAGAUCAUGGCUGACUACAACAUCAAGAGUGGCAAUUUCCUCUUUCUGACAGCGCACUGCAUUGGGGGGUGACUGCGUGGAUGGGGUGACGAGAAGCUCAAAGCUGAUUUCCUUUGAGCUCCUACCAAUCACAUCUCUUGAUGAUAUAAAAAAUUAAUGAGAAUGAUAUAAAGAUUUGAGGGGGGUGGGGUGGGUUAAAAAUAUUUGUCAAGUCUGUGAUUCCUUGUUUUUAACAUAGUUCAUUAGCAGGGUUGUUGAUGGGAGCAAAAACUGAAACUUUAGUCAGGUGUGGUGGUGCAAACUUUUAAUUCCAGCACUUGGGAGGCAGGGGCAGGUGGAUCAAUGAAUGAUUGUUGAACCAAAUUGAGUUCUAACUAUAAAGUAUAGAGAAAUAAUGUGUUAUGGAAUAUCAUUUUUGCCAUAACUGGAUCAUAGUCUAAUAAAGAUGUAGAAAUUCAGUCAU